AUGUCUUAUGUUUCUUACAAGAACGACUUGCCCAAAUACGUUCCAAUUGCACCGACUACAGAAGAUUUGGAUAUGGAUACAGUUCCGAGGAAAUAUAGCUACAAAAGCAACCCUUAUACAGGCGCACAAGCCGCUUCGAUUGCCAGAAGAAACGCUCGCGAAAGGAACCGCGUGAAGCAAGUCAACGAUGGAUUUAAUGCUUUGCGAAAGAGGUUACCAGCCGCCGUCAUAAACGCCUUAUCUGGUGGAGCCCGCCGUGGCACCGGGAAGAAACUAAGUAAAGUCGACACAUUACGAAUGGUUGUGGAAUAUAUAAGAUAUUUGGAAAAUCUUAUUGAGGAGAGCGAUGCGGAACUGGGCGUCACAAAAGCCCCAAUGGAUACGUCAAUUACGAGUGACAUCGAUGAAGGAGUAUAUGGUGGACGAAAUUCACCUUACGCAGAAUCAGUACCUUCACCAGUGAAUUCAGAAUGUUCUUCGGGUGUAUCAUCAUCGUACUCGAUAAAUAAUGAAUAUUAUGCGCCUCCUGUUAGCUCCUACCAAAACGAGUACACUUCAAUGCAUGAUAAUGAGCUGUUAGAUGCUAUUUCUUGGUGGCAAGCAAAGUAA